CUCAAGAUGGCAGAUUCCGACUGAGUUUGGGGGGGCCGACGUCUCGCUUCGCUUUCUCCUUUCCGUUGCCAUGAAUAACGGACAUCCUGGCCCCGAUGGCCCCCAUGUACGAAGGUAUGGCCUCACACGUGCAAGUUUUCUCCCCUCACACCCUUCAAUCAAGUGCCUUCUGUAGUGUGAAGAAACUUAAAGUGGAACCAAGUUCCAACUGGGAUAUGACCGGGUACGGCACACACAGUAAAGUCUACAGCCAGAGCAAAAACGUACAGCCCUCACAACCAGCCGCCACUACUGUCAGCACCUCCCUGCAAAUCCCCAACCCCAGCCUACCUUACGAGCAGACCAUCAUCUUUCCAGGAAGCACUGGGCACAUCGUAGUAACAUCUGCAAGUAGCACUUCUGUCUCUGGGCAAGCCCUUGGUGGACCACACAACCUAAUGCGUCGAAGCACUGUGAGUCUUCUUGACACCUACCAAAAAUGUGGACUCAAGCGUAAGAGUGAGGAGAUUGAAAACACAAGCAGCGUACAGAUCAUUGAAGAACACCCACCCAUGAUUCAAAAUAAUGCAAGUGGGGCCACUGUAGCCACUGCCACCACAUCUACUGCCACCUCUAAAAAUAGUGGCUCCAACAGCGAAGGUGAUUAUCAGCUAGUCCAGCAUGAGGUUCUUUGCUCCAUGACUAACACAUAUGAGGUCUUAGAGUUUCUUGGUCGAGGGACAUUUGGACAAGUAGUCAAGUGCUGGAAACGUGGCACCAACGAAAUUGUUGCUAUCAAAAUCUUGAAGAACCACCCAUCUUAUGCCCGGCAGGGUCAGAUUGAAGUGAGCAUCCUGGCCCGGUUGAGUACUGAGAGCGCAGAUGACUACAACUUUGUCCGAGCUUAUGAGUGCUUCCAGCAUAAAAAUCAUACCUGCUUAGUCUUUGAAAUGUUAGAACAGAACCUCUAUGACUUCCUGAAGCAGAACAAGUUUAGUCCCUUGCCCCUCAAAUACAUCCGCCCUGUCCUCCAGCAGGUAGCCACAGCCCUGAUGAAAUUAAAGAGCUUGGGUCUUAUCCAUGCAGACCUCAAGCCAGAGAACAUUAUGCUGGUUGAUCCAUCCAGACAGCCAUACAGGGUUAAGGUCAUCGAUUUUGGUUCAGCUAGCCAUGUGUCAAAGGCUGUAUGUUCUACCUAUCUUCAGUCCAGAUAUUACAGAGCCCCUGAAAUUAUCCUUGGUUUACCUUUUUGUGAGGCGAUUGACAUGUGGUCCUUGGGCUGUGUCAUUGCAGAGCUAUUUUUGGGUUGGCCUUUAUACCCAGGAGCAUCAGAAUAUGAUCAGAUUCGAUAUAUUUCACAAACACAAGGUUUGCCAGCAGAAUAUUUAUUAAGUGCAGGAACAAAGACAACAAGGUUUUUCAACCGUGAUACAGACUCACCAUAUCCUUUGUGGAGGCUAAAGACACCAGAUGAUCAUGAGGCAGAGACAGGGAUUAAGUCGAAGGAAGCAAGGAAGUACAUUUUCAACUGUUUGGAUGACAUGGCACAGGUGAAUAUGACCACAGAUCUGGAAGGGAGUGACAUGUUAGUGGAAAAGGCUGACCGGCGAGAAUUCAUAGACCUGCUGAAGAAGAUGCUGACCAUUGAUGCAGAUAAGAGGGUCACACCAAUCGAAACCCUGAACCAUCCUUUUGUCACCAUGACACACUUGCUUGAUUUUCCCCAUAGCACACAUGUCAAGUCUUGCUUCCAGAACAUGGAGAUCUGCAAGCGCCGGGUGAAUAUGUAUGAUACAGUGAAUCAGAGUAAAACACCUUUCAUCACCCACGUGGCCCCCAGCACAUCUACCAACCUAACCAUGACCUUUAACAACCAGCUGAACACUGUCCACAACCAGGCCACCAACCUGGCUCCCACCUCCACCAGUGCCACUAUUUCCUUAGCCAAUCCCGAAGUCUCCAUACUAAACUACCAAUCUACACUCUACCAGCCCUCAGCGGCAUCCAUGGCUGCAGUGGCCCAGCGGAGUAUGCCCCUGCAGACUGGAACAGCGCAGAUUUGUGCUCGGCCUGACCCCUUCCAGCAAGCCCUUAUCGUGUGUCCCCCAGGCUUUCAAGGAUUACAAGCCUCCCCUUCAAAGCAUGCUGGUUAUUCUGUGCGGAUGGAGAAUGCAGUUCCAAUUGUCACUCAGGCUCCAGGAGCUCAGCCUCUCCAGAUCCAACCAGGGCACGACAGCCUGGCACAGCAGGCCUGGCCAAGUGGGACCCAGCAAAUUCUGCUUCCCCCAGCAUGGCAGCAAUUGACUGGAGUGGCCACACAUACCUCAGUGCAGCAUGCAACUGUAAUUCCUGAGACUAUGGCAGGGACCCAGCAGUUGGCAGACUGGAGGAACACGCAUGCUCACGGCAGCCACUACAACCCCAUCAUGCAGCAGCCAGCGCUUUUGACUGGACACGUGACUCUGCCAGCGGCCCAGCCCUUGAACGUGGGCGUGGCCCACGUGAUGAGGCAGCAGCCGACCAGCACGACGUCCUCGCGGAAGAAUAAGCAGCACCAGGCCUCGGCCAGAAACGUGUCAGCCUACGAGGUUUCCUCCUCCCAGACCAUCACUUCUCCUCAGCGAUCCAAACGAGUCAAAGAGAACACACCUCCCCGUUGUGCAAUGGUACACAAUAGCCCUGCCUGCAGCACCUCUGUCACAUGUGGGUGGGGCGACGUGGCUUCCAGCACCACCAAGGAGCGCCAGCGACAGACGAUUGUCAUACCUGACACUCCCAGCCCCACAGUCAGCGUCAUCACCAUCAGCAGUGACACAGAUGAGGAAGAAGAACAGAAGCAUGCCCCCACCAGCACUCUCUCCAAACAAAGAAAAAAUGUCAUCAGCUGUGUCACGGUUCAUGACUCUCCUUACUCUGAUUCCUCCAGCAACAACAGCCCCUACACCAUGCAGCAUCGAGCAGGCCACAGCAAUGCAAACACCUAUGACCCCAAGGGGGCGCUGGAGAGCCAUUGCAGCGGGAAUCCUCGAACUAUUAUUGUGCCACCCCUGAAAACCCAGGCCAGCGAAGUGUUGGUGGAGUGUGAGAGCCUAGUACCAGUCAACACCAGUCACCACCCAUCCUCCUACAAGUCCAAGGCCUCCAGCAUCGUGACCUCCACCAGUGGUCACUCUUCAGGGAACUCGUCUGGAGCCAUUGCCUAUAGACAGCCUCGGCCAGGACCACAUUUCCAGCAGCAGCAGCCUCUUAAUCUCAGUCAGGCCCAGCAGCACAUCACAACGGAUCGUGCCGGACCUCACCGGCGUCAACAAGCCUACAUCACUCCUACAAUUGCUCAGGCUCCGUACUCCUUUCCGCACAACAGCCCCAGUCAUGGCACAGUCCACCCUCACCUGGCUGCCGCUGCUGCUGCCCACCUCCCUACCCAGCCACAUCUCUACACCUACACCACCCCUGCUGCUCUGGGCUCCACUGGCACUGUAGCCCACCUCGUGGCCUCCCAAGGUUCUGCUCGUCACACCGUGCAGCACACUGCCUACCCAGCAAGCAUCGUUCACCAAGUCCCUGUUAGCAUGGGGCCUCGAGUCCUACCCUCACCCACCAUCCACCCAAGUCAAUAUCAAGCUCAAUUUGCCCACCAGACCUACAUCAGCGCCUCUCCAGCUUCCACCGUCUACACUGGAUACCCAUUGAGCCCUGCCAAGGUCAACCAGUACCCUUACAUAUAAACACUGGAAUGGGGGAGGGAGGGGUAAAGAGAGGGAGGUUUGAAAGAAGGGAGGGGAAGAAAGGAGAAGGAGAGAGAAAGGGAGCGCCUUGGAUUGAGGUGGAAGCAAGGCUGCUUUUUAUAUAGAAGGAUGCAGCUCACAAACAAUGUGAAUGGGGUAGGAGAGUGGGGUGGGAAAGGUAAGGAAGUGAGAGCUAGGGGCUGUCAGUGAAACUUGAACAAGGAAGUGGAAGGAGAGGACAGAGGAAAGACAUUUUGAAAAAGGAAGGGACUAAGGAGGGGAAAUUAUUCUAUGCUUUUUAUUUUUAAAAAGAAAAAGGAAAAAACAAUAACAAAAAAAAAAAACCACAGAAUCAUGUAUCCAUUCUGCACCAAACUGGAGAGGAGAAGAGAGCAGCAGGAAGGUCCCAGAAUUUGGGGCCCCAGUUUUUGAAGAACUUUACCUAUAGACUUUUGAAAGAUUAUUUUCAUAUGACAGCAAGUGACAUUUAAGCAGUUGCUGUCAGGGACACCUGAAACCGAAAUCCAAUAGGUUUUUAAUCAAUUGAACAUAAGAAAAAGGGAUUUUUCCAGAACUCUGAAGGGUCCACAGCCCUCCUGAGCAUCAGGCAGUGAUCCACGGGUGCUGAUAUGUAGUCGUCAUUCUGGGGAUGGAGAGAAGAGGGUGAGGGUGGGAGUGGGGCAAGCCAGGCUCUUCAUUGUCUUGAGUCAAAUUCACGUACUCGUGUUUGACAUAAUCAGAGAAGGGCAGCAUGAUUGAAGAUCUCCUGGAGAGGGUCUCAUUUUCCCUUCUGAGCAUUCUGGAUCAAUCCCUAAGCAAUGUUAUUCCUAAAAUGUCAUUAAUAAUGUAUGUUGAAAUUCUGAGUUUUCUUUUCUGUUGGAGUUUUAUUUUCACUUUGAAUCCCUAGCCAUGUAGGAGGUAGCAGAAAUUUUAGCCCACCCUCUCCCUCCCCACCUCCAUGUAGGAUGUAGCACUGUAGCCCUUUUUUUCUUUAUGUUCAACUUCAGUGAUACCAAUAGAUUAUUCUUCAAUGUGAUUGCACAAAAAAGUGAUAUAACAUAGGCAUGUAACAAAUGUGAUUGUCCAAGUUUGUGUGUGUGUGUGUGUGUGUGUGUGUGUGUGUGUGCGUGAGAGAGAGAGAGAGAGAGAGAGAGAGAGAGAGAGAGAGAGAGAGAGUGAGUGAGAGUAAGAGAGACAUAGAGAGCUGACGCUGCCUUCUCUCUGUGAUGUGUUCCUCGGCACAGCCAUUACAACUGUCACAGUCUUAGUUUUACAUCAUUCCCUCCUAGUGCCUUACCAAAUUACAGAUGUGGUGGAAGGGUUUACUUCCGCUGGUACUCCUAGAAACUGCCUGAGGCUAGUCAGAAUACGAUCUCAGCCCUUCUUUUUUGCUGUUGUAAUCUCGCUCGGGCUUUUUCUUCUUUUUCUCCUAAUCCUCGUUUUCUUGUGGCUAGCUGUCCUCUCUACUGUUUGCUAACUUUGGGUGUCAGGGAGGCUUUGCAGGAGCUGGAAGGAGCCUACAUGUCUUUGGAGAGUUGGAUAGAAGAAGUGGUAGCAGAAUCAAAAAAGGGCUUUGGGUAAGGUUUUCAUUGGUUGGCCUGAGAAGUAAGACAUUCCCACCUUCUCAGUUACCAGAAGUCUGUGGGACAGUAUUACAAGUAGCCCACCUCUGCUUUAGAAAUGAGGGAUCUUUGUCAGGUUACUGUCUCUUUUCUUUUCUUAAAAGAGGGGGAAAUGUAGCCACUCAUUGAGAGAAUAGGGAUUUUUCACCAGAAGUCACAACAGACUCGGGAUGAGAGCAGGCCCUGCAAAUUCCACAUGCUAUUCAUUCUUCCUUUCUCUCACCCUUGUUCCCUCCACCCCACCCCCCUACCCCCCAGUCAGGAAUUCAGAGGGUCUUGACUGAGAGUCAGGAAAUCCAGCUUCUCCUCAUGACUUUUCUACUUACUAUGUGACCUUGGCCAGGCUGGCCACGUCUUUGGGCCUUAGUUUUUUGGCCAGAUGGUCCCUAAGGUCCCUCCCAGCUCUAAUGCUCUGUGAUUCAGUCUCUCAGCCCCUCUUCAGUCCCCACACCCAAGUUUCCUUUCCCCCAAUUCCUGCUGUCAUUGCUUUACCCUUGCACUAUUCCCAGACCCUGCUUGUCUGGCUUCUCCCCCUCCCCAACCCCACAGAAAAACCACCAGCCUAGACUUUUUGCUGCUAAAUUCUUUCCUCAAAUUCCCCAUCUUCUCUAAGCCCCUGGUUUGCAGAGGGCUUAGGGGGUGGGGGAGUAGUUCCACAGGAACACCCCAACUUCACUGUUAUCUGGGACUGACUACCCAGCCAGGGAGCAGAGAGUUUGAAAAAUAUAUCUCUCUUUUGCACUGCAGCAGGGUUGCUUCAAGCAAUAUCUAGUAGCCACUGAUAAAUAUUGGAAGUUUCUUCAGGGCCUCUGAAUACAGGUCAAGGGAAUAUUUUCCCCAAGCAGAGAGAGCCACUCAGAAUUUGAUUAACGGAAACCGAAAGCAAUAUUCUGGUACUGACAGGACAUUUAAAAAUUCUUUCCAGACCUUUGAUUGAAAGUGACUCUGAAUCCAGGUUUCAAAAGUACAAAGAGAUCAUCGAAAGAAAUCCCAACUUUUACCCCAGGGGUACAGUGGGUACCUGGACUUGGAAGUCAGGAAGUCAGUCAAAUCUUGCCUCGGAUUUUAACUGUGUGAUCCUGGGCAAGUCACUUUACUUCUUUCUGCCUGAGUUUCCUCAUCCUUAAAAUGAGGAGGUUGGAUUCAAUGGCCUUCAAGGUCCCUUCCAGCUCUGAAUAUAUGAUCCUAUGACCUCUAUGUCACAUUUUCUUAAUCCCCUCUGCUUUCACCUCCCGACCCCUCCACAGCUCUUCAACUACAGACUUUCCCUAAUCAUCUUCUGCAAAUAAUGUUUUCAUAAUGACAAUUCCGUUUCAUCUCAGUAAAGCUGUUGUUAAUUUAGCUCUUAAUUGUAAAGGAACUCUGGAAACUUCCCUCACUCCUCCCCAACACAUCUUAGAAAUUUUACAAAGAAAAAUCUCUCCAAACAGAGGAGUAAACAGCCCUAAUACAAAUGAGCCUAAGGUUAGGCCACAUUCCCCAUGGGCAUGUCUAAGAGCAUUUUUACCCCUUUGAGGCCCUGGACCCCAUCUGAGCUCAAGCAAUGCUUGUUGACUGACUGAAGUGUUAGGCAGACUGGAAAAUGGUUGCAGCAGAGAUCAAAUUUCCACUCGCCUUGAUACCACAGUACCACUCACCUUCAUUUAGGACAAAGGGGUUGCCAUUUAGGAGGUCACUGGAAAUGGGAAGUCGGGAGCAUGAAUGAAAAGUGCAGAUCUCCCAGAGUUACAUGACCUUGAAAGAUCGGUCUGCUAUUGCACAUGUGUAGAUUAUCCAACAGUAGCAUUCUCCCCAAAUGCAAAAGUGUCCAGGAGCUAACAAAUUAAAUUCAAGUUGGCCAUGUUAGUUUCUUGGGCACCCCCAGAACAAAUCCAUUCCAAUUCUGACUUCCCUGAUUAAAAGGGUCUGAUUUUCCCAGGGAAAAAAGCACAUUUUCCAUUAAAAAAAAUGGAAAUUGUUCAUGUCCAAAAUUCCCUGUUCCUUUUCCCAUUUCCUCUCCAUCUGUUUCUCCUCCCUCUCUCACCAUCUCUUCCUCAUCAGGUCAGCAAUGAAAAUUUAGUGUGACUUAUAUUCUCAAGAGAAAGGACAGCAUUGCUUUAUUGUAAUCAUGACUAUUAUAGUAAUGCCAAUAUUUAGCUUGAAUUUUAAAUGAAUUCAUUCCAGCAUCUCAAUGUUUUCUUUCUUAAAUUUAACCAUAUCAUUUUGUGGUAUCUGAGUACAAAAGUGGAAUGAGGGCCAUCAGAGGGGUCUAAUCAUGUGAAACAAAAAGAGAACAGAAUACAGAAGAUUGGCUAGGAACACCAGAGAGGUAGGAUUUUUUUUUUCUUUUUGUCUCUGUUUACUAGAAAUUUCCAGUAAUAUCUAUAUUGGUCAGGGCAAGAAUGGAGUACAGAAAACCUAAAAACUGACCGUAUUUUAUAAUUUGGCAUACAGAAUUUCCAUUGGUUUGGGAACUGUUUUUUUGAGUAGACAUUUCAUUGGCUGAAUGAUUGGACCUGAAUCAAAACUGUCUCAGUCCUUGUUACCGUUCUCACCACCUUUCCUGCUCUUACCUCCAUCUCCAAGCAUUACUGCCCCGCAGCUGCCCUAGAAGCCCAGUUUAGCUGUCAGACUGCAGUACCCUUGCCCUGAAAACUGUUGUGUAUAAGAAGUUACAGUGAUGGUCGGGUGAUGAUGACCACUAUGGGGUGAGAAGAGAAAAUGGGAAGCACACUUUUUUCCCAGGGUAACUACAGAGUCCCCUCCCCCCCCUUUCACUUUACACACACUUAGACAUACCCUCCCCUUUAGCUACACAGUCCCAGGGAUGUCCCACUUAGGACAUAGGCACAAACACAUGUGAAGGGGUAGGCAUUUAAGGAACCACAGGAUAAUACCUGAACCCAAAAACCUUUGAAUAGUUGAAAGUUAUUUAGAUGUGAUGGGUCAGACCCCACAUAAAAUCAUUGAAUAGGACUAUAAUAAUGCUUCCUACAACCAUUAUCAUCAUCAUCACAAAUAUUUAUUGAGCACCCUAAUAUUCUCAAUACACCAUAUACAUAGUCCUUUUUUAAAAAAAUAGAAUGCCACAUACUCCAUAUUCUUGGGGAAGGAUGAAGGGUUUAAAUAUUAGGUAUCUGUUAGACUAGUAAUACCUGCUAUAGAAAGGUCUGAGACCUUUAAUCCAAAAUCUCAACUUUAAAACAAUCCUGAAUCAAGCCCAACAUAGCAGCACUAAUCAUGUUUCCAAUUCAACAUCCUCCCCUCACAAUUUCUAGCCCUGCACUUUUAGCACAGAGCCACUUGGGCAGUCUGGAGAAGGUACAGACUCUCUCUCUGUCAGAACAAGAAGCUCAAGUGCAGAACUUGUUGCUAGGCUUGUCCCAUUUCUAUUUCACAGAAUUGUUGGCUUACCUCGAACGUUGUAGGAAUCUUUAAGGGGGUUGUUCCUUCCUGUUUGGAAGAAGCUGUGAAGAACAAGAUGAGAAGGGGAGAAAAAUGGGUAGCUUGAAUCUUCUUUUGCAGGUGCAUUUGCCUCUGGCUGAUUGGUUUCUCCUGGACCCUGUGGAUGAUUACACCUAUCUCUGUGGCUAGAUCCUCCUUCAUGAUAUGGCAGCUGUUUCCAGGAAAAGGGGGUAGGCAGACUGAUGUGAUGGUGGUGGAAUCUGAGGCACAGUGCCAAUGGAAGUUGCAAAAUGGAGCAUUUGGUGCUUCUAAUUCUGAGGGGAAAGAAAGGCCGGGCCAAAUUGGUGUUUGUAAUAGUGACAGGCAAUCAAUGUGGGCUCUGUUUGUUUUUCUAGCCUUACUAGAAAGCAGGAUUUUUUAAGGGUGGGGAAAAGAUCUGGGCUUUCUCUUCUUUUCAGGGAAAGACCCAGCCUGUCAAAAAUACAAGACCAUUGGCCAUCAGGAAGGGGCAGCGGUAGGAGCAAGAGAUGGCUAUUUCUUGAAUUGACCUUUGGAGUUGAAAACUGAAAAUAGUUCUUUUUGAAUAAGCUUAUGGUAGAGAUUUGGGGGGUGUGAUUGUGUGUGUGUGUGUGCAUGGAGCAGGCUUUACUUGGAAACUGGAGGGAAGGAGAUGAAGAGACUUAAGGAAGUAUUCUUGGUGGUCCAUGUUGGAUAAAGACUAGAAGCAUCCCGUGUCCCCGUUCUUUGCUUCCAGGAUCUCCAUCCUGGUAGCAAGAGAGGGGAGGGGACAUGUGCAAACAUAGCUUCUCUUACUGGCCUGUCAGACAGCUGUGAAAGAAAAGGACAGAAAGACGAGAAGGAACUAGGUAGGUGGCCUCUGCUCAAGAAGGUAAUUCAGCAGAAGAACAGUGGUUUGUUCUGGAACUAGAGUUUGGGACUUCACUACCCCAUCGCACUCAUGAUUUUGCCAUGAAACAUUCCAGCACAGGGACACUUUCAGUGCUUGUUUUUGUUUGUUUGUUUCCUUUUCUUUGUGAUAAAUUUCAGAAGGCAUAGCCUCAAAACCGAGCACAGCAGAAAUCCCAUUACCAAACUUGAAAGGAAGAUGAAAAUCUUCAUUUCCUUAGCCAAAGAAACCUUUGCAGAACCAUCAUCAUGUGCAGACAGAAUAAUGUUCCUGUCUUUCUUUUACAGGCAAUAAUAACAUCAUUAAAGACCAAAUUCCAUUUUUU